AUGGUGACUGGUGCUAAGACAUGGUAUCCAGGCUUGGACGAGCGCUGCGGGACCUAUCAGCUGCUCAAGGCCGAAGUCAGAGCCCAAAAGAAGUAUGCGAGUGAAAUGGUACGAAUCCAAAGACUUCGCCAGCUCCAUGAGCGAGGAUUCUUGGGCACUGCCGCACCAUCAAUGAGCUCGUUCAUGAGCUCACCAGCUGCAGGUCAGCUGGGUUUCCAGCAGGCUGGAAGCAGAAAUUCAAUCUCGGCUGGAGAAGGGUCUUUAUACUCUUAUCCAUCGGCGAGAAACAAUCAAAAUCAAAUGCUUCCUCCUCAGGGUAGUCUGCACCCAGGAAUGAAAGAACACGGAGGCAUUAAUGGCCAAAACAAAGGAAUGCCUGGCCGCAAUCCAGCUCAAUCCAAAGGUGGGAACGGUCAGAAUCCGGGAGGAGGUAAUGGCCCAAACCCAGGAGGGAUGAAUUCUCAAAACAAAGGAGGCAACAGUCAAAACCAAGGAGGAAUGAGUGGUCAAAACAAAGGAGGGAAUGGCCAAAACCAAGGAGCUGGGAAUGGCCAAAACCAAGGAGCUGGGAAUGGCCAAAAGCAAGGAGCUGGGAAUGGCCAAAACCAAGGAGCUGGGAAUGGCCAAAACCAAGGCGGAGGGAAUGGUCAAAAUAAGGGAAAUAAUGGUCAGAGCAAUGGGGGCAAUGGUCAAAACCAGGGUAUGGUGGGUCAAAACAAAUCAGGCAAUGGCCAAAACCAAGGAAUGAUGGGCCAAGGUAAAGGAGGGAAUGGUCAAAAUCAAGGCAUGAUGGGUCAAAAUAAAGGAGGAAAUAUUCAGAACCAAGUUUCAAAGAACCAGAACCAAGAAAUGAAUGGGCAAAAUCAGGGAAUGAAUGGCCAGAACCAAGGAAUGAAUGGGCAAAACCAGGGAAUGAAUGGCCAGAACCAAGGAAUGAAUGCCCAAAACAAAGGAGGCAAUGUUCAAAACCAGGGAAUGAAUGGCCAAAGCCAAGUGAUGAAUGGUCAGAAUAAUGGGGGAAAUGGCCAAACCCAAGGCAUGGUGGCUCAAAAUCAAGGAGGGAAUGGUCAGAAUAAAGGAAUGAAUCACCAAGCCCAAGGAAUGAAUCAACAAGCCCAGGGCAUGAAUCACCAAACCCAAGGAAUGAAUGGCCAAAACCAUGGACAACAGGGCACAAACCUGGAGUGUGGUCAAAAUAAGCAACAACAAAAGAGCAUGAAUCAAGGAACUUACAACAAUCCACAAUCUGUCCAAAAUGUGAAAGGUCAUGGUCAUGACAUUCAUUGCACUUGUGAUCACUUUGACACUUUGCAACGGCCUGGUAAUAAUGUCACAGCACCCCAUGGUUUCCAGACAAGAAAUCAGACCACAGUUCCAGGAUUCUCAUUGAGUGAUGGUUAUAAGUCUCCUUCAAUGUUCCGAGGCGGGCUUUCCCGGGGCUACACAGACUCAAUACUGAGCUACGAUAGUUACUCACCACUGUCCUUUGGGGGCCCAAGUCGGAGAGACUCUUAUUACCAUGAUCAACUUCGUGACACUUUGGGGGAAUUUGAACAGGGUGUUUACACGCCAAGCGUUCAACCACGCAGGUCUUCCCUGAACCGCGGCCGCCCGGCAUCCUUGUCUUUCUGAAUGCCUGUAGCCCAGCGAAAUAUUCUUCUAUCAUCGCCAAAUUAUCUUGUGCAUGGCUCUUCUUUCUUUCGAAGAUACAUAUUUAUAUGAGUCUUGAGAUCAGCAUGUCUGCUUUUCUUCUUUGUUUGUGAUGCUAGGCCUGUUUCUAGUUUCUGAGUCAGAAAUCUCACUCAACCUCCAACUCUUUGUUCUGGUCCGUGACAUUUGUGUAGUAGCUAUGCAUACUCCGGUCAUGUUUUUCUACAGCAUUUUCUGUUGUUUUAUGAAUCAUGAAUCAUGUAAAUUUGAUCAACAAGUCAAUCACAUUACUCGAGCGGAGCAGGACAAAAGAAAUAUGGAAUGCUGAGUCCGAAUUCUUGAGGGCGCCUCAAUCAAUUCAUUGGCCUGCAGCUUGAAUGAAAA